CUCGCCUUGCAUCAUCAGCUGACACCAUGCAGUUCCACCAAAGAGGCCCGUUUUGUGGACAUCGGAUAGUCUCCCUUCCUACAGUCGUCUUUUUGCUGGUGCUCUCGGGCUCCGCUACGGGCCUGCCGUUCCGCUGCCAUCACAGCACGGUGAAUUCCCUGCUGGUGGCCAACUGCCAAGCUCAGCGCCACAAGGCCGUCCCUCACGUCGACCCCUCCGUUCAGGCCCUCCUGCUGAAUUUCAACGCCUUCUCCGCCAUCUUGAAUUCUUCCUUCCCCCCGCUGAAGUCCCUGAGGAUGCUGUCUCUCGGGAAGCAACAGGGAGGAUCCCUCUUGGUCGGAGAGAGAGCCUUCCGGAACGUGUCCAACAUCACGUUCCUGGACCUUGGAGGCAACGCGAAUCUGACCCUACACCGGGACGCGUUCAGUGGCCUGACCAAACUUGAGGUGUUGCUCCUGGACGUUGACGGCUUGGACGAAGAAGUGCUGGAAAAUGGCUACUUCCGGGACUUGGUGUCCCUGAAGAGACUGGAUCUCUCUGGGAACCACCUCCGUAGGUUGAGGCCUGACCCGACCUUCCAAGGGCUCAAGAGGCUCACCGUGUUGCAGCUGAAGCUCAACAAGAUCGGGGCAGUCUGUGGGGACGACCUACAGCACCUCCGAGGCCGUCACCUGGCCCUGCUCGACCUUUCCUCCAACCGGCUGCUCAGCCGCCCGGCCUGUGCCAACCCCUUCCGCGACAUCACGCUGGGGACCUUGGACAUCUCUUCCAAUUCGUGGACCGUGACCAAAGCCGAGCAGUUCUUCACGGCGAUAAGAGGCACACGGAUCCAGAACCUCAAGAUGCAACACCCGGGCGCCAUGGGGAGUGGGUUCGGUUUCAGUAACCUCAAAGGUGUCUCGGCCAGCACGUUUUCAGGGCUGUGCAGCAGCGGCGUGGUCUCCUUCGACAUGUCCCACGGCUUCCUCAACAAACUCGUCUCCUUUGCCUUCUCGGGGUUCCCAGAUCUCCAAAUCCUGCUCUUGAGAUCCAAUCAGAUCAAUCGGAUUCAAAACGGAACCUUUGCUGGAUUGAGCGAGCUGCGCGUUCUUGAUCUGUCUGAUAACUUCCUUGGGGAGCUGUACAGAGACGCCCUGCAGCCGCUGACGUCGUCUCCGCUGUUUCAUCUCAUCCUGAAAUCCAACCACAUCGGGGCGGUUCAGCAUAACGCCCUGGAGAAGCUGAAUUCUUUGCAAAUCCUUGACCUCCAGGACAACGCUCUUUCGCGAGUCCCGCCGGGGAAACUUCCGGCCCUGCUGUACCUUAAGCUGGGUCAAAAUAGGAUCAAGGACGCCUGGGGUAUCGCGGAUCUCAGCAAGAACCUGACUCACCUGGACCUCUCCUCCAACCGCCUGAGUGAACUGGGGAGUCUCUGGGGUCACCUGGGGAAAAUCCCAAACUUGCUCUUUCUGAAUCUCUCCCGCAACCAACUAGCAAAAUGCUUCAGAGUCGAGAAAGGGCCCCGGCAGCUCAGGGAGUUGGAUCUUUCCCACAACAACCUGGAAAACAUCUGGAAAGCGGAUCGAUGCGUGGACGUCUUCCAACAUUUGGAGAAGCUGGCCGUCCUCAAUCUCAGCUCCAAUGCGCUUCGGGACCUGCCUGGGAGUCUUUUCCGGGGCCUCGUCUCGUUGCAGACGCUGGACCUCUCUGCCAACCUACUGCUCAGGAUCCCGGAACAAGUGUUCCAGAGUUUAACAUCCCUGCGGACCCUCAGCCUCCGUCGGAAUCCCUUGACGACCCUCUCGCCCCCCGCCUUUCGGCCGCUGGUGCAACUGCGCUCCUUGGACCUGGGGGAAUUGUCUUUGUUUUGCCAGUGCAAUCUUGUCCACUUCCAGGGCUGGGUGCAGGACAGAACAGCGACGGUACGGGGAGCCGAGACGACGCUCCGUUGCAUCCGGACCAGCCCUGAUUUCGCGGAGUUGUCCCUGACCACGUUCCUGAAAAACAAGUGUUAGCCUUAACGCCCGGGUAUCCUUCCCUGGGUGCUGUUGGCUCCAGGUUUGGGAGGCCCCUGGUGUGCCCCAUCUCUGAGUGCGGCCACCUCCUCCUUGCCGCUGUCGCCUGGCCUUCUCCAAUCCACUCUGGAUGCCCAGAGAGAGGCGGGAUCAAGAAAACAGAGGUUGUUGCUGUGACACCAACUCCUGUCACUGCUCACCGGCUUAGAGGGGACGAGUCAAUAGGCAGUGAGAGUGAGGAGCCCCCAGGCUUGGCAGCAGCCCCUUUCUGUACUGUGGGCCUUAGCACGUGCCCAGUUAUGUCGACCAGGUCGAACAUCAAGGGUAGUGGGCCCACUGACAAGUUCCUCCUGGACCUGUUUCUCCACUUCCCCACGGCAUCCUUCCUUGCGCCCGGCCUCUCAAGCAAGCAAGCGGCGGCCAUGAUGAGGAAGAAGAGGAGGAGCGAGAGCCGCAGGAGACCACAGCAGCAAGAAGGUCAACUUAGUGAUGGAGUUUGCCGCCUGAGGGUGUAUUCCCCAAGGAGCGGCAAAAAAUCUGGAGCCGGUACUGAUGCACUAACUUUCUCAAGUGCCAUUUUGGGUAGAAAGGUACAAAUCAAAUCCAUCCAUCAAAUUCCAGUCCAGGAAAUGGGCCUAGAGCGAAAGAGAGAUGCCUUGGGAGGAACCGGCUGUCCUUUUCCUGUGAAUCCUAGAACACACAGAUGACAAAAGAAUUGUCUAACUAUCCCCCCCCCUCGUUUUAUGCUUUUAAUCUACUUGUUUUUACAGUUGCUUUAACUACGUUGAUUUUGGUUUUGCUACAGAUAGGCAGCAACGUUGAGCUCCAUUUUUUGGGGGGUGGAAAAGUAGGGUAUAAAUGAAAUAAAUAAAUGUGCAAGGAAACAAAUCCUGCCAACUCUUCGUGUCGGAGUGUUUGCGGCUCAGAACCGGGGUACUGGCUGCGUUUACCUAUUUAUUUAAAGUAUUUUUUAUCCCGUUCCUCCGCCAAGCAAGGUUCUCUGACCGGCUUAGAAUCAAUCAGUAAAUAAAACAGUCUCUGCCCAACCAGGCUUACAAUCUUAAAAAGUCACGGCAUGCAAGGAAAAGGGGAUGAGGAGGAAGGAGGAGGAAAAUUCGCCCAGCUUUUAAAGGUGAGGCCUCGGAUUCCCAAAUUCUGUUUUUGAGCUUUUGGAGGAAAACGGCAAAUCGAGGCAAAGGUUGCCAACUUUUUCUUCUUCGUUUUUGCCUCUGCUUCUGUGCCUUGUAGGGUUGCAAGACACGGCAAAGGUUUACCAAGCAGGACUUCUCCUGUCAUGGGAAGGUGAUAGGAAAACCUUUGCUUAUUUAAGUGUGUGUGUGUUUGUGUGUGUGUAUGUGUGUGUGUGUGUGAUGUUGCUAUUUAAAGCAUGGAAGCAAGACAAGGAAAACAUGUUGGCCGCUCUAAUAAUGGCAUUGACCUUCAACAAUACCUUAGCAUCUACACUACAAACUUAUUUUGGUUCGGACUUGUCGAAGAAUCGAGGGAAUUGUAUUCUGCUCAGGGUGUCAAACCAUUCCUUGCCUUCUCUGCAGGAAUCACUACUGUCCGAUUCACACGAGGGUUGUUUUAUUCCCACCUACGUACAAACCAUCACUCCCUGGGAAAUGAGGUGGUGGCCAUUAUAAAACCUUUAGCUUCUAUGGAUAGCAGGAACCGGUAAAAUUGGGAUUUAUUACCAUAUUUGCAAAGUCAUCUAUUAGUUGAAAAGCGAUCUCAGUGUUCAUGUCUCUUUCCUGUGUGUACUGGUUAAAUACAUCUUGCACUCAGCUUUCAGGAUUAGAAGCCUGUAUUCUGUUACUGGUAUUUUUUCUUUCUUUUAUGUAUACCCUGUGGCAGGAUCUACACUCCUGCUUCAAAAAGGUUUAUAACAGUAGUGACAACUUUUGGGGGCCAGGACACACUCCACAUACAGUUUCCAAACCGCUUUCGAAGUGUGGAGAGCUAGGGUGACCCCAUGGAAAGGAGGACAGGGCUCCUGUAUCUAACAGUUGUAUAGAAAAGGGAAUUUCAGUAUUUGUAUGCCUGCAGCACCUGGUGAAAUUCCCUCUUCAUCACAACAGUUCAAGCUGCAGUAGCCCUGCCCUCUUUGGGAUGUGAUCACUCUAGUAUAGCUCCUGCAGCUUGAACUGCUGUGAUGAA